CAACGCGUCAACACACAAACAUGGCGGUGGGCGUGUAGUGGAUGUUGUAAGGUGGCCGCGUGCUGAUGAUCUCUAGACGCACGGUUUUUCAUCGGCGAUCUACGAAACACGUGGCAGACUUUCCUUCGCUUAGUCUCGCGCGCACGCUCGUAGACGAGCGCGGCGAUCAUGGAUCAGAGGGAUCAGUUGCUCGCGCUAAAGGUCAUGCGCCUGACGCGGCCCGCUCUGUUCACGACGUUGCCAGUCGUGUGCGACUCCCGGGACAUACCGGGCAGCAUGUGGAUGCAGGAGCUGAAGCAAGACCUGGGAGCUCCGCUGGGUCUCGAGCUCUUCGGCGCCGGCAGCUUCCUCAUGCUUCCGCAGAGCUUCGGCAACAUCUACCUGGGCGAGACGUUUUCCUGUUACAUGAGCGUACACAACGAUAGCCAGACCACCGUGCGCGACGUGUCGGUCAGGGCCGAGCUACAGACCGACUCGCAGAAGGUGUUGCUCGCAGGGCGCGCCGACGGUGCCGUAGCGGCCGCCGAGCUAGCCCCCAACAGCAGCAUCGACGAAGUGAUCCACCACGAAGUGAAGGACAUCAACACGCACAUACUGGUCUGCACCGUCAACUACACGACGCAGGCCGGGGAGAAACUGCACUUCCGCAAGUUCUUCAAGUUCCAGGUAUACAAGCCACUUGACGUCAAGACGAAGUUCUAUAACGCCGAGUCCGACGAGGUCUACCUUGAGGCGCAGCUGCAGAACAUCACCUCUUCACCCAUAUGCCUCGAGAAAGUGGCACUCGAGCCAUCCCCGUAUUUCAACGUCUGCCAGCUCAACACAUGCGGAGACAGCCAGAGUGUGUUUGGUCUCGUCAACUUCCUGAACCCACACGACACGCGGCAGUACCUGUUCAGUCUCUCGCCCCGGAUGCCGUCCUCAGAGACGAGCGAGCCAGUGGCACAGCCCGAGAAGCGUCGCAGCGGUGUCACCAGCAUCGGCAAGCUCGACAUCGUCUGGCGUUCGGCCAUGGGUGAGAGAGGGCGUCUGCAGACAUCACAGCUGGAGCGUAUAGCGCCCGGUUAUGAAGACAUUAAGCUCACAAUCGAGUCAGCUCCGAGCACGGUGAACCUCGAGGAACCAUUUGAGAUCGCCUGCUCGGUGAUGAACACGUGUCAGAGGACGAUGGACCUGGUACUCGCGCUCGAGAACUUGCCGUCUUCUGGUCUGCUCUGGCAGGGCAUGUCAGGUCAGAGCCUCGGCAAGCUGGAACCCCAGGCGACCGUUCGAAUCACGCUCGAGGCGGUGCCGUUCCGGACGGGGCUUCAGAGCAUCUCGGGCAUCAAGUUGUCAGACGCUUACCUCAAGCAGACGUACGAUUACGACGAGAUAGCAUGUGUGCUCGUAUGUGCCAAUGGAACAACAGUUUCGUGUUGACGGCGGUUUGUGUUUAUUUCGCUGUUUCGAAAAGCCUGGUGUCGCCGAAUGGCAUCACUGCACGGACAAACUGCUGUGUGAAAGCUUUGUUGCCAUUUUUUGCAGACUUGUGCGCACUUGCGAGGCUACGAAAUGGUUUAUAUUUGUUACGUGUCGUUAAAGAAUAUUAUAAAUGCUGAACGAUUUGAUUUACUGGUACAUAUUUUUGUGGUCUUUUUUUUUAUAUACAGCGAUCUUUCACCACGUUGAAUAAAAGAUCGAAAUAAAACAACUCGCAAUGUAGAGUUCUGGUUUUAUUGGCUAGAGAUAUAAGCAUGCUUGUAAGACUGGCCGACAAACUUUCGAACUACACAUAUAUCUCUCUUUUCAAACAGUAAAUCUCAUCUGUAUUGAACGGAAUGUAUCACAAGAAUGUACACAAAUAUGGGGGGAGGAGAAAAAACAAACGCCUUCCCCACUGCAUUGGCAGCGAGGUCCAUGCCCAUCUGAGUAAAUUAAAGGUGGCUUAGCUUCGUACAGUCGGAGACAAAAGUAUGUGGACCACAGUAGUUGACAAAGGAUUCCUCUUUGCUGCAGCCUUAAGCCGACCAAGUACGGUCUAAACACUGUGCGCACCAAGAAUUAGUUUUUGUAAAUUAUGAGCUGUUUCAGUGUUCUUAAGCAACCUAUGAUCUGCAAACUUCCAUACACAAAUGCACAAGCACCGACUGAAGGGAGCUGCGAGAAAAGAAAUAAAACGCAUUUUGAGAG